AUGAGCGAAGAAGAACAGCCGCAACAUGCUGAAAUACACGAACCAGCUACUGAAGUGGUAGUAGAUGUUCAAGAGGAUAAUUCUGGUAUUGAUAACGAUGAUGAUGACGAUUUUGAUGAUUUCAAUGAAGCAGGCAACGACAACGACGAUGACGACUUUGGUGAUUUCGACAAUACGAGCUAUGUACAAUCAACGCAUCCAAGCUUCCCUGAGGACGUGCUAAAUGACAGUCAACAAUUCAUAGAGAAUUUGAACAAAUUAAUGGAUAGCAUAUUCCCAUCUUCCGACUCUGAACCCAGACCAACACCGAAUGCGGAUGAAAAUAACAACACAUCUCUGCCCCUUCUUAAUGAACGAGCCGCCACUAUAUUCCAACAAGUGUCAACAUUACCUUAUCUUCACCCUACCAGUUGGACAAAACUGAAUAUAAGGCACAGCUUACUUGUACAACUAGGAAUACCUAUAAAUUUAGAUGAACUUGCCCAACCGCCCCAUGCUUCGUCAACACUUUCCAACUUAACCCGUCGGAAAUCAAUCACCUCCGCUUCCGAUAUUGACUGGACUGUAUUUGAUAUACCCGAGUUUGACAAAUUAGAUAUUAGCUCUGAGCAAGAAUCUCGACUUUUGGAAUCCACUUUUGAUACGCUAGCAAUGAUUGAAUAUGACAAUUUGGCCAAUUGCAGUCUGGGCUAUCUCGAAGCUGCCAGUAUUGAAGCCGUUGAUGAGAAAUUACACCAAUUGGAACUGCACUAUGACGAAUUGAUAAAAUUGAGUAGUUGUUGGCAGCACCGUAUGGCUGAAUUACACCUGGAUUUCGAGAUUUAUGAAGGUGUCGUUCAAAGUUUCAUCGGGUACAGUCAAAAGUUAAGACGACAAGAGAUCUUGGAAGAGAAUUUGAAGAAAGUUAAACAUACCCUGACAAAGAAGAAGUUCUGGAAGUAG